AUGGGGUGGUUAAUGCCUUUGAACGAUGAUGGUGGUGGUGAUGGUGCUGGUGGAGGAAGAUACCAGAUUUAUAAUUAUGGUGGUGGCGGAGGCGAUGAAGGAGGUAUGUAUUUCAAUUUAUCACUAUUUUUAUUAGAAAAUGAUGGUGGUGGUGGUGAUGUUGGAGGUGGAGGAAGAUAUCAGAUCUAUAAUGAUGGUGGCGGCGACGGCGAUGAAGGAGGUAUGUAUUUCAAUUUAUCAUUGUUUUUAUCAGAAGAUGAUGGUGGUGGAGGAGGAAGAUACCAGAUCUAUAAUGAUGGUGGUAGUGGCGGCGAUGAAGGAGAUGUAAAGUUCUUUGAAUGUGGAAGUUGUGGUGCAACGAUGGUUGUUGUAGAAAUUCUUGUUACUCUUGUAUUUCUUAAGGAUAUGUUAGUUUACAGGUUCCAGUUGUUGACACCUAAUUUUGGUGGCGGCAGUUGUGGCGGCAACGAGGAUGGUAGCUACAACAGCGGUGACAACAUCUUCAAUGAUGGUGGUGGUGGAAUAUUAGCGGUAGUGGUGGAAUGUUGA